AUGAGCCGAGAAGCGAGUUCAAGUGCGCGAAUGGACGGCAUGGAUGUACUUGAAUUGAAUUUUCUGACAGUUCAGUUGGAUAACGAGUGUCUCAACGAAUUAAAAAUAAUUAAACAAAAACGGAAAGACAUUAAGCGAAAGGACAGUGAAACGAUAAUCAGCCUGAAACAAUUGUCCCGACAUGAUAGACGUGACGACUGCUGGAUCGCCAUUUACGAUCGCGUUUAUGAUUGUACAGAUUUCAUUGCCAAACAUCCUGGUGGGCAGGACGUUAUUCUGGAGUAUGCCGGGAGAGAUGCAACUCUUGCAUUUGUCGGCUCCGGACAUUCUGCAGCGGCUGGAGCUAUUCUUCAGGAUUAUCUUGUCGGGCAAUUACCACUGAAUGAGAGAUUAUUUGUUGUCCCUGAUGGCAUUAAAAUUGUGUAAAAGAUUCAAGCCCAAUUGCAUUGAAAGUGUGCCUAUAUGUUCAACUAUAAAUAAUGCGAUAAAAUAUUUUAAAUUAUGUUAUUUGUAAUUUACCAUUAUCAUGUUAUGUUCCAUUAUUAUUCAUUGACAAGUAUUGAAUAAAUUAUUAAUUAUUAAUUUUCAUGAUUUUAUAUGAAAAUUUUGUGUAAUCGUAUUCUGUUUUCAAUCGUAUGUGUCACUGGUUUUGCUCCCUUCGUUUUCCAAUAACAUAAGAAAUUAUUGAAAAACAUAAUAGUAUAACAUGUACUAGGAAUUCAUCAAAGACGCUCUAUCAAAAUUGGAAAGAUUAAAUUGUCAUUUAUUACCUAUUGAUAACUGUUUUUACUAAUAAAGGAAAGUAUGAAAAUAGUGA